AUGGAGGGAAGAAGACGACGGUUGGAGAGGGAAAUAGAUGAAGGAGGGGCCGCUCUUCUUCCGCAUCGGUGCCUGUUGCCUCUCCCCCAGUCGUCGUCGACGCCACCCGCCCCUGCAGAUACCGGCGCCGCCGCCUCUCUUCCUCUACCCAUCUUCAUUGUCGUCAGGGCUUCUCCUUUUCUACUAUUUUUGAAGCAAAAGAUGGGUAUAUUUGAACCCUACAGAGCAAUUGGAUACAUAACAAGCAUUGUCCCUGUGUCCGUUCAAAGACUUGGUACUGAAACUUUUGUCACAGUCAGCGUUGGGAAGGCCUUUCAAAUUUACAACUGUGCAAAGCUCAAUUUGGUUCAAGUUGGUCCUCAGCUGCCAAAGAAGAUUAGAGCUCUUGCUUCCUACAGAGAAUACACUUUUGCUGCAUAUGGAAAUGACAUUGCAGUUUUCAAGCGAGCGCACCAGGUAGCAACUUGGAGGAAACAUAAUGCUAAAGUCAAUUUCUUACUUUUGUUUGGGGAGCAUAUCAUUAGUGUUGAUGCCCAUGGUGAUAUGUACAUAUGGGCCUUUAAGGGGAUUGAUCAGAACCUUGCUCCAUUUGGGCCCAUGAAGUUAGAUGAUAAGUUUACCGUUAGUUGUAUAAUGCAUCCAGAUACUUACCUUAACAAGGUUCUUAUUGGGAGUGAACAAGGUGCGAUGCAACUUUGGAACAUCAGCACAAGGAAAAAAAUAUAUGAGUUUAAGGGAUGGAAUUCACCUAUCAUGUCUUGCAUAUCUUCUCCUGCCCUCGAUGUUGUUGCUGUUGGUUGUGCAGAUGGAAGGAUUCAUGUUCACAACCUUCGAUAUGAUGAAGAGUUAUUUACAUUUACCCACUCUACGCGGGGUUCUGUGACUGCCUUAUCUUUUAGCACUGACGGGCAACCUCUUCUUGCUUCGGGAGGUUCAUCUGGAGUUGUAAACAUAUGGAAUUUGGAAAAGAAGAGGCUCCAAUCUGUCAUAAAAGAGGCUCAUGAUGGAUCAAUAACUUCGUUACAUUUUUUUCCUAAGGAGCCAGUGCUGAUGAGUUCUUCAGAAGACAACUCUAUUAAA